AUGCCCAACGUCUUUCGAGUUGCAGCGGAUUUCUCCCACUUGGGGAGUAUCCUCAUCCUACUGCACAAAAUGGUGCAGAUGAAUAGCUGCUCCGGCAUUUCGUUCAAGUCACAAGCGCUAUAUCUCUUCGUGUACAUCACGCGCUAUCUUGACCUCUUCUCGACAAAUAGCGUCUACAAUUUCGUCUUCAAGGUCCUCUUCAUCGGCUCCCAGGGCUACAUCAUCUACCUCAUGACCAACGCCUACAAGCCGACAAACGACCCCAACGUCGACACCUUCCGCGUCCAGUACCUGCUGGGAGGCGCCGCCGUCCUCGCCAUCCUGCUCCCCUACAAGUACACCUUCUCCGAGAUCCUCUGGGCCUUCUCCAUCUGGCUCGAGUCGGUCGCCAUCCUGCCCCAGCUCUUCAUGCUCCAGCGCACCGGCGAGGCCGAGACCAUCACCACCCACUACCUCUUCGCUCUCGGCACCUACCGCGCCCUGUACAUCCCCAACUGGAUCUACCGCUACUUCACCGAGGUCAACCACAAGACCGACUGGAUUGCCAUCAUCGCCGGUCUCAUCCAAACCGUCCUCUACAGCGACUUCUUCUACGUCUACUACACUCGCGUCCUCAAGGGCAAGAAGUUCAAGCUCCCCGUAUGA